CGAGGCUUUAAAGCUCUGAAACAGUAGUCUUGACGCUUGAGUUGUGCAGGUGUUUUUUGCAGAACGAACUCCAUCAAUGGCUGCUUCCCUGUCGAACCAUUUAACGUCAAUUCCGAGAUCGAGAUUGGGGUCUUGUCCAGAUAAUCGGCUUCUCAAACAAUCUCGGGUUUUUACAGCUUCGAAUCUCCGGAAGUCUCCUGGGAUUAGGAGGAUCUCUUCGCCUGUUGUCUGUAAAGCGGUUUCUGUGAAGCCUCAAUCAGAGAUUCAAGGUCUCAACAUUGCUGAAGAUGUCACCCAGCUUAUUGGAAAGACUCCAAUGGUCUACCUGAACAAUAUUGUAAAAGGUUGUGUUGCCAACAUUGCUGCCAAACUUGAAAUAAUGGAGCCAUGCUGCAGUGUCAAGGAUAGGAUAGGUUACAGUAUGAUUGCUGAUGCUGAACAGAAGGGAGUUAUAACACCCGGAAAGAGCAUUCUGGUGGAACCUACAAGUGGAAAUACGGGCAUUGGUCUUGCAUUUAUUGCUGCUGCAAAAGGGUAUAAACUCAUUUUGACAAUGCCUGCAUCAAUGAGCCUGGAAAGACGAGUCCUCUUGAAGGCAUUUGGUGCGGAGCUGGUUCUCACUGACCCAACCAAGGGCAUGAAGGGAGCAGUUCAAAAGGCUGAAGAGAUUUUGAAGAGCAUACCCAAUGCAUACAUGCUUCAACAAUUUGACAAUCCUGCAAAUCCAAAAAUUCACUAUGAGACAACUGGUCCAGAGAUCUGGGAAGACACAAGUGGUAAGGUGGACAUAUUCGUUGCAGGGAUUGGGACAGGUGGAACUAUCUCUGGGGUUGGUCGAUUUCUGAAAGAAAAAAAUCCUGACAUAAAGGUUAUUGGUGUGGAACCUGCAGAAAGCAACAUCCUUUCUGGGGGAAAGCCUGGUCCACACAAGAUUCAAGGGAUUGGGGCAGGUUUUGUGCCCAAGAAUUUAGACAAUGAAGUACUUGAUGAAGUCUUAGAGAUAUCCAGUGAUGAAGCUGUUGAAAUGGCAAAGCAAUUGGCUCUUCAAGAAGGGUUGUUGGUUGGCAUUUCUUCUGGUGCAGCUGCUACAGCUGCCAUCAAGGUUGCAAAGAGACCCGAGAAUGCAGGAAAGCUAAUUGCGGUUGUAUUUCCAAGUUUCGGCGAGCGGUAUCUAUCCUCUGUUCUUUUCCAAUCAAUAAGAGAAGAAUGCGAGAAAAUGCAACCAGAGCCAUAAGAAGUAACUUAUCCAAGCUAGUUCCUGUAUUAAAGAAAAUGGGAUUUUCCUUUAUACAUUCUUAAGUUUGUUUUGUUUGGUGAGUCGAUUGUUCCUUUACCUGCUACAAGAAUAGCAUGUGCUUCGGAGGCUGUUUUAGAAAUAAAUAAUGUUUUUUAGGAAUCUGGAUAGCAAAGAAGCAAUUUCAACCUACCAUUUCUCUUCUACCUACUUUUUGAUUGUACUCUUAGCUAUAGUCUCAACUAUUUAUAUGGGAUGCUCUGAUCCUGCCUUUUUUUCUUC